GAUGCCACUAUGACGUUGUUGCGAAACAUUGGCACGGUCGUUAUUGUUGUUCUGGCGAAUGUGAAAUUUUCCCAUCCAGCCGGGAUGACGGAUGACAAUUCUGUGAUUGAUCUGAAUGAUAUUCUCAGUGAAAAGUUAAUGCCGGCCUCGUUGUUUUUCAUGGAAACAAAUCUGCCAGAACAAAAGUUUCAAAGUGAAUUUCGUACAUUGGAUAAUGACACCGGGACCUUCGAAAGUAGUUACGAUGGGACGUUCAAUAAUGCCUAUUCAACGAUGGGAUUUCAUAGAAAAAUGAUGAAAGAAUAUCUAUGCAGUAAUUUCCUAGCCGAACAGAUUUUGAGUGAAGUGGCUCCAACACACUUUCAGUCCAGACUCGGAUUUGCAGCAACAACAACAAGUAAUUCUACCGAAUCAGAUCGCAAAGUUUCCCGGUCCAUCAAAACAAGUGACAUCCAAGAUUCUAUGCGUUACGAUCAAGGUUCCACCGGAUACAAAGACUGGUUGACAAAAACUGCUACAAUGGAUGAUAUUUACCGUCACAUAAUGAUGGCACCGACACCAUCGAAUAAUUCACUAAUUUCAUCGACUUUGCUCACAAAUAAACUUGCACGACGUCAAGAUAAAAAUGAUGAGAACGAGUAUGAAGAAGGUGAUGUGACUGGGUAUGCUAUGCAACAUCCUGGUGUUAUGUUGCAGAAUUCAAAUGAUGGCAUGCCAUCCCAUAUGAAUCCAAUGCUGGACAAUCUGCACAAUCAUCAUACCCAUUCAGUUAAUCAUGUCGCCGGAAAUAAAAUAGGAUACGAACAUUACGGAGACGCAGGUUACGAUAAGGGCUCAAAAGAAAUGGGCCUAAAGGAUUUAUUUGACAUUGCAUUGACCACAUUAGCCUUUUUAUCGUUCGGAAUGUUCAUACUGCAAGUAUUAAUGUGCAUCACAAUGACAAAGCCAGACACUGGAAUGAUGAUGAUGCCAAUGACGGAUAUGGGGGGAGGUGGUGGAGAAGAGCCUGCAGAACUGUUGAUUGAUGCUAGUACUGAAGAGGUCCGAAGAAAACGUCGCUCUGCGGAACCUAUUGCAAUGCUUUACAUGAACGAACUGUCGCGAAAAAUUCUGCUUUCAAUAGACGCCGUUCAAAUAGCAGAUCAAGAUAACGGAAAAUGCUUAUGGAAUGCAAUUUGUGAAAAUAACAAAUAUUCCAGAGAGCUGAAGGACAAUCAAAGACUUUGGAUUCCAGUCUGGGGCUUGGGAUUGAGCUGGUUAUCUUCCAAAGUGACACCGAAAAAAUCCUACACAUCAAUUCUGGAAAGUUUAAAGGCAGCUGCUUUUGGAUUAGGGAAUGCAGACUGCUUGAAACUAUUUCCAUGUGAUGUUCAUUUGCAGCGUAAAUUAAAAAUAAAACGACGACAAACGAGAGAAGCGAGUAAUCACAUUUUUGAAUGGAAUGUUUAGCCCACUUCAUUGGAUAGGAAUGUGGUAAUAAAAA